AUGAAGAGCAAGAAAUUUGUGGUGAUGCAGAUCAUAUACCUUCUUGGCUUCAGUUGCAUGUUUUACUUGUCACUAGCAGCUUCGGUCGAAAAAGUGGCAGCACUGAAACCACUAGCUGGGACAAAUGGUAUGCAAACUUAUAUAGUUUGGGUUGAAAAGCCAUCCAGCAAUUUCCUCGCACAAUCUGAUCAUGAAGAUUUAGAGAGUUGGUACCAGUCAUUUUUGCCCCAAACAAUUGCAAACUCAAACCAGCUCGAAAAGCCACGAAUGGUUUAUGCAUACCACAAUGUGGCCACUGGCUUUGCAGCAAGACUGACGGCAGAGGAAGUCAAAGAAAUGGAGAAGAAAGAAGGCUUUAUCUCUGCACAUCCAGAACGUAAAUUGCAAUUGCACACAACUCAUAGUCCUAACUUCUUGGGGCUGCAACAACAAGUGGGACUUUGGAAAGGGUCUCAUUACGGUGAAGGUGUGAUCAUUGGAGUUUUGGAUACUGGAAUAACACCGGGUCAUCCCUCAUUCAGCGACAAAGGAGUGCCAGCUCCUCCAGCUAAAUGGAAAGGCAAGUGCGAUUUCAAGGGGACAGGUUGCAAUGACAAGCUUAUCGGAGCAAGAAGUUUUGAUGGUGGGAAAACUACAGGAGGCCCUCCAGUUGACGCUGCAGGCCAUGGAACUCAUACUUCAAGCACGGCUGCAGGAAACUUUGUGGACGGUGCCAGCGUGUUUGGAAUGGCCAAGGGCACAGCAGCUGGCAUGGCACCUUUAGCUCAUUUGGCAAUGUACCAAGUCUGUUCUGAAGAUGGUUGUUAUGAUUCAGACAUAAUAGCUGGUAUAGACACUGCUGUUGGUGAUGGCGUGGAUGUGAUAUCCAUCUCACUUGGUGGUGGCUCAGCUCCUUUCUAUGGUGACAGUAUUGCACUUGGUGCAUAUGGAGCAAUUCAGAAGGGAAUUUUUGUGAGCUGUUCGGCUGGAAAUGAGGGACCUGACUACUCAAGUUUAUCAAAUGAGGCCCCAUGGAUUCUCACAGUUGGAGCAAGCACCAUUGACAGAAACAUAAGAGCAACAGCAAAGCUUGGAAAUGGGGAAGAACAUGACGGGGAAUCCCUAUUUCAGCCGAAAGAUUUUGGUUCAGAACUAUUUCCUCUUGUCUAUGCAGCUGCACAUAGCAAUGAUUCAACAGCUUUUUGUGAUGUAGGGACCCUUUCAAAUGUUGAAGGCAAAAUAGUGGUGUGUGAGCUAGGUGGAGAAGUUAAAAGAAUUGCAAAAGGGAUAGAAGUGAAAAGAGCUGGUGGUGUUGCCAUGAUUCUUGUCAACCCAGACUUUGGUGGCGAUACGACCAUAGCAGAUGCUCAUGUGCUUCCGGCAACACAUGUGAGUUACGCUGCAGGGGUUAGCAUCCAAGCCUAUAUAAACUCAACCUCAACACCAACAGCUACAAUCUUGUUCAAAGGCACUGUCAUUGGUGAUCAGCUUGCACCAAAAGUCUCUUUCUUUUCAUCGAGAGGACCAAGCAUAGAAAGCCCUGGAAUUUUGAAACCUGACAUUAUUGGUCCUGGUGUGAGCAUCCUAGCUGCAUGGCCUUUCUCAGUGGACAACACCACAGAAUAUAAGACAUUUGACAUUGUUUCUGGUACUUCAAUGUCAUGCCCUCACCUAAGUGGCAUUGCAGCCUUGCUCAAGAGUUCACACCCUGACUGGUCACCAGCUGCCAUUAAGUCUGCCAUCAUGACAACCGCUGAAGUAGACAACCUUGCAGGCUCCGCGAUAAUUGAUGAAACACUUAAUUCAGCAAACCUCUUUGCCAUUGGUGCAGGUCAUGUUAACCCGUCAAAAGCAAAUGACCCUGGGCUCAUCUACGACCUAAAACCUCAGGACUACAUUCCUUACUUGUGUGGUUUGAACUACACAGACAGACAUAUAGCCAUAAUCACCCAGAAAACAGUGAAAUGCUCUGAAGUAGGAUCCAUACCAGAAGCACAGCUAAAUUAUCCCUCAUUUUCUCUCUUUCUAGAUCCUGCCGGGGAGCCUCAGAAUUACACAAGAACAGUGACCAAUGUCGGCCCAGCUAAGUCAACUUAUGAAUUAGCUGUUGUAAGUCCACAUAAGGUAGACAUCAGUGUGCAACCUGAGCAGCUCACAUUCACAGAGGUUGGUCAAACAAUGACAUACCAUGUGGUGUUUGCUGCACAAUAUGAUGCUGGAAAAGAUGGUAUAACGUCUCAAGGAUAUCUGAGUUGGGUCUCAGAUCAGCAUUCUGUUAGAAGCCAAAUAUCGGUGAUCUUUGACACUUGA